GUGUAAAUAAAGGUCGAAAUCAGGCGUAGAGUAUCAGCCAGGGGUGCUGCGUGAUUUCACAACAGUUUGUACACUAACCGCAUGUUUCAUUCAGGCCAGCAGCGCGAUUAUUUUUUGGCCGUGUUUUCCUUCUUCUCCAUGUUUGCUCGAGCAGGAUGUCUUACCAGAACGGCAUGGACCGGCUGCCGAAGAAUGGGGAAUUUCACAUCUUCCACGUCUCUGGCCAGCACAUCUUGUGUACAGUAUGUUCAGGAGAUGGUGUCGCAGAACUGUGUUGUGAUAUUUUCCAAGACCACCUGUCCUUAUUGCAAAAUGGCCAAGAAUGUAUUUAACGAAAUUGGUGCGACCUACAAAGUGAUUGAACUGGAUGAGCACAAUGAUGGGAGGAGACUACAAGAGGCCUUAGCUCAGGUGACCGGUGCCAGAACGGUGCCGAGAGUCUUCAUUAAUGGGAACUGCAUCGGGGGUGGCUCUGACACCAAACAACUCCACCAGCAGGGAAAGUUGCUGCCCCUGAUCGAACAGUGCGCUCCCUGCUGUGCUGCCUCCAGCUCCGAAGGCUCGGGCAGCGGACAGUUUGAAUCGGCUAAAUGACUAACCGUUCUUUUACUCUUUUUCAAUCCUGUAUGUAUUAAAUAUUUGCUUGAUCUCAUGCUACAAGUUGAACAUUACUUGAACAUGACUGUGUGUUUUAUCUAUCAGAGAGCAUUUGGUACUUGAUGUUAGGCUACAUAUGUUUUCAUCCAGGGAUGCACAGUAUUAUUAUUGUUAUUAAAGCUGCUGUCUUUUAAACAAAAUCUGUGAAUAUUGGAACUA